GUGACAUCCUCCCUGGCCCGCGACCCGAAUCAUGAGAUUUGAGGUUCUACUUAUAUAAUCGAGCCACGAAUACUAAUACUAUAUAGCGCAGCAUUUGAUUUAGUAUUGAUGAACAAAACGACCGGUGCGCAGGCUUAAAAUACUUAAGAAUCCGAUCAUGCGCAGUGCACCUACCUCAAUUCAAUACCCAUGGCAUCGUAUAUAGUAUCAUGAUCAUCACAAAUACCCUUGAUACUUGCUGUUGACAAUCACAGCUGCCGUGUUGCAGUGCAGCACGCUACAGUACUUAUUGGCAACUGCUUGCUGCACAGUGCAGACCUCCGUUUACCCUCGAGAAUGUCAGCCCCAGACACUUUCGGUUUACAGUUAGCCAAGUACACUAACGUCGCUGCAUCAGCAAUCCUAAUUUAUGACUACUUUGUCACCUUACAUUCCGAAGUCCGAUGGACUCGGGGACGGAAGUGGGGACUCAUUCGGACCACCUUCACGAUUUCACGAUAUGCACCUUUUGCUGGUGCGCUUAUGACCUCGUACUCCGCUAUCAAGACAUGGGGCACGCAAGAUUGUGCACCUUUCAACGAUGCUGUAAACGGCAUACACUUCUUGGGCAUCCUUGCCUCGGAAGGUCUAUUGAUUUUCAGGGUCUACGCCUUCUCUGGCAAUAAAAAGGCUUAUCUUACUAUUCUUCUCUCCUUUGGUUUGGCCAUCUUGGUGACGUGUGCGAUUCUAAGUGCUGCCCCCAUCAAUUUGAACAUCCCAGGAGUCGGCCCCCCUUGUGUGUUGGAGGGGGCUCGUAGCAGUACCCUCGGAUAUCGACACUAUCUGGGUUCUCAUAGUGCACUGGUGAGGAGUAUCUAUCGUGAUGGACUACUAUACAUGUUCUGCAUCAUGACGAUAUCUAUGUUUAAUGUGAUGAUUAUCGCUGUGUUGCCUCUCUCUUACAGCGAGACGCUAAACGCGUUAGUCCGCUCAAUUAUAGAUUGUUGCGCACAGUGUUCUUGCUUCUCGAAUACUGUUCAAUCUUCAAGUGAGCGCGGAGCGACCGCUCUGGCUCGACGACCGAUCGGCGAUCUCAAUGGAAUCACUAUCACUAUCUCGUAUACAUACAUUCAAAGCGCGACCUGGAGCCAGUGAGACAGCUAGCCAGACAGAUGAAGCUUAGACCUGUUGAUAGUUCUGCG